UUUCAGAUUUUCCAUACAUCUGCCAAAUGCAAUGAAUGAUCCGAGCGAUGACGUUCUCGACCAUCUUCCAAUCGUCUUUCAUCACCCGUCCCCAAUUCCUUCGAAUGGUUAUUAUCAGUUCAUUGAUAUCAACAAUAUGCUCGUCGGCAGUCGGAUACCGGCAUGCCAAUCAUAGUCCAAAUCGAUGCUUUAGCUGUAUGUCGCAGAUGUACGAGGGUUUCAUGAGUAACGGACUUGAUAGGUACUUCAAUCGACCGCGCAAUUUUAGUUCACAGUGUGAUGGAGAAAUGGAUGUGACGAAUAUGCACACAGUUCCGUGUCGUACCAUAUGCCUCACAAUUCAGCAGAAUUUGGUGGUCAUGGGUCAACCAACAGGACACCGUCUCUACAUGCGUGGCUGCGCACUGACGAUAGCUAGAAGAGGCUUAAAUAAUCAUACGCUCAGCAUGUUCGAUAGAUAUGAUAUUUGCAGGGACAUGUCAGCGUCCGACCUAUUCAGCCACGAACACGCCGACUCUCAACGCAUUCGGGUAUGCAGUUGCCUUGGCGAUCGAUGCAAUUCGGCCAUCUCCACGAGCAAUUGUCAAUCGCUUUCAGUGUUAGCAAUUCUCGUUGCGCUCUCCUCUCUGCUUUUUUAACUUUUUUUAACUUCCUAUCAAAAAAUCUCUCUUUCCACAUAUCUCUUUGUCAUUUUCCCUUUCCGCAUUUUCUUUAUUGCUGAAUAACAAUUUUUGUUUGAAAAUAAAAACAAAAUCAUUA